UGGGGGCGUUUUCAGUUCAACUACCCAAACGUUGUUUUCUGCUCCAACUCUAAAGUCUAAACUCUGUUAUUCGUCGAUUGUGGCCUGUAAGUUGUAUCGGUUCUGUCGAUACGUACACAGUGAAGCUUUCACAACUUGACUCUGCAAAACACCCAUCUCUCGUGAAUGGCCGUGCCUGGCAUCAGACAACUCUCUCUCACUCUCUCUGCAAUAGGAGAGUAGGCCAAGCCCAUCUUUCAACGUCAACGUCAUGACAGAGAAGGAAAACAAAACCAAACCUACUCUUUGCGUCCCUCCUUUCUUUCAAUUGCAUUUAUUCUUCUCAGUGUUCUAAUAUUUUUUUUCUUUCUCAAAUUCUAGUUAGUUAGAUUCGAUCAACAGUCUAUCUCAUUUGACUCACUUCACCCACCCACCUUUCUCUUGUUCUCUCUCUUUCUCUGUUUUUCUUCUCAUGGUCAUACACUUUGCUUCAUGUCUGCGUUUCUUCAAUUUCGUGUUUUCUAGCGUUUUGUUAGGUUUUCUUCAGGGUUUUUUCUUUUUACAGCAAUGAAGUGCUUUCACUUUUCUAAUGGGGAGAAGAGGGAAAACGACGAUGGCUCCAUUUCUAGGGCUUCUAAGGUUUCAUGGGCCCGUUCCUUCAGUGUUGCAUCGAGUAAUGUCGAUGUUAGGUGCUCCGAGUUUGACUCGUAUUCCAGGGACUUCUCUGGCUCGCUGGGCUUCAAUGAUUUCUUAUAUCAAAGGAGGAGUAAUGAUCUACGAGUAUUCUCAUUCUCCGAGUUGAGAGCGGCAACGAGAGGAUUUAGUCGGGCCUUGAUGAUUGGGGAGGGAGGGUUUGGCUGUGUUUACAGAGGGGUCAUUAGUAUUUCUGAUGAUGAUCCUGAUGCAAAACUGGAUGUUGCUGUGAAGCAAUUGAAUCGGAAUGGAUUGCAGGGGCACAAGGAGUGGGUUACAGAAGUGAACUUUUUAGGUGUGGUGAAGCACCCAAAUCUUGUCAAGUUAGUAGGAUAUUGUGCUGAAGAUGAUGAAAGGGGAAUUCAAAGGCUUCUGGUAUAUGAACUCAUGCCCAAUAAAAGCUUGGAAGAUCAUCUAUUCUCUAAGGUGCCAUUACCUCUUUCAUGGGAUAUGAGAUUAAGAAUUGCCCAGGAUGCAGCACGUGGUCUAGCAUACCUCCAUGAAGAAAUGGAUUUUCAGUUAAUAUUUCGAGAUUUUAAAACAUCAAACAUCCUAUUAGAUGAGGACUUCAAUGCAAAGCUUUCAGAUUUUGGGUUGGCUAGGCAGGGGCCAACUGAAGGACUCAGUCAUGUUUUGACAUCAGUUGUAGGUACAGUAGGUUAUGCAGCUCCAGAGUACAUUCAAACAGGCAGGUUAACUGCCAAAAGUGAUGUUUGGAGCUUUGGGGUGGUCCUAUACGAGCUCUUGACUGGACGGCGUUCAGUAGACAGAAACCUGCCUAGGGGAGAGCAGAAGCUUUUGGAAUGGAUAAAACCAUAUAUUUCUGACUCCAAAAAAUUCCACCUCAUAAUAGACCCACGGCUGGAAGGACAGUAUUGCAUUAAGUCUGCUCAAAAGCUUUCGUCCCUUGCUAACAAGUGUCUACUGAAGCAACCAAAGUCUCGCCCUAGGAUGAGCGAGGUUGUUGAAAUGCUGGGACAGAUUAUUACCGAAGCAUCAUCAUCACCAUUGCUGCCACCUUGUGGAGUCUCAGAAGCUAUCAAAGAAGCUGGAGCUACGACUGAAUAUAGUGUCACUCAGACCAAAUCAUCAAAACAAGGGAAUAAUUACCUUAAGAAGGCUUUUGAAUUCAGAGAAAAGGUCAAUUUCAGAAACAGAUCUGGUAGUAAGUUGGAUUGGAGAAAUAGGACAGUAGCCUGGUAAGAACAGGGUGAUAAUUUUGUGGGUGUAAGAGCGUAAUUCUUCUUUUUUUUUUGGCAUGAGUAAGAACGUAAUUAUUGUAAUGCAAAUAUGUUCAUCCAAAUGUCAACUUCUCAUUUUUUACUGAAGUUAAAAUUUGUGAUAGGGAAGGUAUUUUUGAUUUUGAA